AAGGACCUGGAGCUGGGCAAGCUGGGGGACUCAGAUGUCCAUGUGAAGAUGCUGGCAGCUCCCAUCAAUCCCGCCGACAUCAACAUGAUCCAAGGGACCUACGCGCUCCUGUCUCCGCUGCCGGCAGUGGGAGGGAACGAAGGAGUUGGGGAAGUGCUGGAGGUCGGGAGGCACGUGAAGGCUCUGGAACCUGGGGACUGGGUCAUCCCAGCCAGCAGCGGCCUUGGCACCUGGCGGACACAGGGAGUGUUCCCCGAGGAGGAGCUGCUGAAGGUGCCCAGGGACAUCCCGGUACUUUGUGCUGCCACCCUGAGUGUCAACCCCUGCACAGCCUACCGUGUGCUGGCUGACUUCGAGACCCUGGCACCAGGUGACUCCAUCAUCCAGAACGCAGCCAACAGCGGUGUGGGCCAGGCUGUGAUCCAGAUUGCCAAAGCCUCUGGCAUCAAGACCAUCAAUGUGGUGAGGGACAGACCUGAUCUCCCAAAGCUGGUGGAGAGGCUGAUGGCCCUGGGUGCAGACCAUGUCAUCACAGAGGAGAUGCUAAGAAAGCCAGAGAUGAAAGAUAUAUUUAAGAACAUCCCGAAGCCCCGGCUCGCCCUGAACUGCGUCGGAGGCAAAAGCACGACGGAGAUGCUGCGGCACCUGCAGCCCAAAGGGACCAUGGUCACCUAUGGGGGGAUGGCAAAGCAGCCUGUGAUGGUGCCUGUGAGUGCCUUCAUCUUCCGGGACGUGCGGCUCCGUGGCUUCUGGAUGACCCAGUGGAGGAAGGAGCACGCUCAGGACCCCCAGGUCCUGGCCAGCAUGAUGGACGCCCUGUUCCAGCUCAUCCGCAGAGGACAGCUCAGCGCCCCGGCCUGCACUCAGGUCCCUCUCCAGGACUACAAGGCAGCACUAGAAGCUGCCAUGAAGCCCUUCACGUCCUCCAAGCAGAUCCUCCUCUUCUGA